UUCUACCUUAGCGAAUCAGAUGCAGCGGCGACGAAGUCCCUACGAGAGCCCUCCGCCGUCGUCCCGGCGGAGCGGUGGCAGCCGGCGCCGCAGCUCGAGCCCGCGAGGAGGCCGCGGGGAGCCGCCGACAAGCCUGCUGGUCCGAAAUAUCUCGCGUGACACGAGGGCGGAUGAUCUGAGAGGCCCAUUCGAGCGCUAUGGAGCUGUCAAGGAUGUGUAUCUUCCCAAGGACUUCUACUCCGGAGAGCCUCGGGGAUUCGGCUUUGUACAGUUCAUCGAUCCUCGCGAUGCCAUUGAAGCGCAGUACAAGAUGAAUCACCAGCUCAUCAGGGGCCGUGAAGUUUCAGUGGUUUUUGCCGAAGAAACCCGGAAGAAGCCAGCAGAGAUGAGAAUGAAGGAAACGUCAAGGGACAGGCCAAGCUCAAGGCGGUCCCCUCGAAGAGGUCGCUCGCGGUCUCGUUCGCGGUCACCGAGGCAUCCCUCGUCUUCACCUAGACGUCGUCGUCAUUCCAGGUCAUAUUCCCCAUCCGAGAGACGAGGCUACGAUAGACAGGAUAGACAGUACUAUUCCCCUAGGCCGCGUGAUUCCUACAAAGGAUCUCCUCCCUCGGGCUACAACAGAAGAGAUCAUUUUCCUCCGGUUUCUAGCUACCCGCACUUCAUGCAUCCAGGGAUGGGUCGCUUUGACAUGUUUGGGGCGCACCAUCCUGGGGUGAUUCCUCCGUAUCCGCCGUAUCACCACCCAGGCGCUAACAGGGUCUGGGAUAUGUAAAAAGUUCUUCCUACCGCAAUUGUUGAACUGUUUUUACACUAUUUAA